AUGUAUCCGAAACUAGAAAAAGUCGAUGUUAUGGAUGUUUGUGGUGUUGAUGAGCAAGAAAGCCGUAAAAGUACUGGUUUUGAUGCAGUGGGUACUACUGUGAUGACGAGUACCGAUGAUCAGAGAGGGAUCUGGGAGAUUGAUGUAAGAGCACAGCAACAGAAUCUGCUUCACGAAAUGAAUGAUCCUUCAAUGUUUUAUAACGAUCAGUUUCCAAAGAUUCCUGAUUUUCCAUGCAUGUCUUCUUCUUCCUCUUCUUCGUCAAAUCCUGCACCUGCUAAGCCGAUUUCUUCGGCCACUACUACAUCGUCGGCGUCCUCAUCUACCUCGUCGGCAGCGUCUUGGGCGGUGUUGAAGUCUGAGUAUAUCACGGAGGAGGAGGCUGAAGGAGAGGAUCAGUUGGAGGAGCUUAGGAUUAACAGGAAAAAACGAAGUCAUCGGCAGGAACCGGGUCCCGUUACGUCGACGGCAGCGGUUGAAGCGGUUCCUGUUCUGGAAAUGGCGGAUGGAAGCGGUACGAUAGAUUGCAUGGAUGUGAUGGAGAAUUUUGGGUACAUGGAUUUGAUUGAUGGCAACGAUAUAUGGGAUCCAUCAUCAAUUUUCGAACAAAACCCACCGGAUUUACAGCAGGAAUGUGUGACGACUCGUGGAUAUAGCAAUGGAAGUGAGGUGGUACAAGAUAGUGAGAUUAAAGACGGCGGCCGUGAAGGUGGCGGAGGACGAUUGGAUGAACUAGGGGUGAUGUUCUUUGACUGGUUGAAAUCGAACAAAGAAUUCAUAUCAGCAGAAGAUAUGAGAAAUAUUAAACUCAAGAAAUCGACAGUUGAAUGUGCUUCAAAAAGAUUAGGAUCGUCAAAAGAAGGCAAAAAACAACUCCUCAAAUUAAUUCUUGAAUGGGUGCAACAACACCAGCUUCAAAGAAAAAACAGCGGCGGUGCCGGUGAAUUAGCCGCUGCCGCCGCCGCCACCACCACCCAAUACCCUUUACAGCAUUACCAGGGACGUCCACCACCACCACCACCACCGACCCCACCGCCACCAUUCAACUGUAAUUCUUGGGUCCCACCUAGUGACAUGAACCAUGGAUUCUCUCCUUCUCCGUGGAUCCCACCAGCGGUGGCGUAUCCGUCGUACAUGGCGGAUCAGGCGAGUAAUGGGAUGGCUAUGGUAGCGGCGGGGCCACAAGCGACGUUUUCUUACAUGGGUGAUGGGAGCGAUCAAUACAAUUCUGGUCUGAAUCGUCUUAAUCCGUAUAAUAAUUCAGGUUCGGGUGAAUAUCAAGUUCUUGAAUCUGCACCUUCGUGGAACCCUUCACAGAUUACCAUGGCUGCGUCGACACCCUACAACAAUCAGUUUCCUGACGUGGGCAAUAACUAUGGUCCUCAAAUUAUGCCUCUCGCUUCUGGUUACCCCGAUCAGUACCCGUAUAACCCACAGGUUUUUGCCACCGGCGGUUGUGGCGAACAACAGCGGUUAAUGAGGCUGGGUUCUUCGGCGACUAAAGAAGCUAGAAAGAAAAGAAUGGCUAGACAGCGGCGGACUUACUUCCACCACCACCACCAGUCGAGACAAAAUCAGCACAUGAAUAAUCAUCAGAAUCACUUGGCCAACUCCGAUCACCAUCCACACGCAAUGCUUGUUGAUGAGAAUUGCUCCGACAAAACACAUGGAGGAAACUGGUUGUACUGGCCAUCUCCGCCUUCUACCAACACGGUUCCACCACCACCUAUGGAAUCACCUCACCGGCCACCCGCCAGUGAUCGCCCGCCUAAACAAACUCCCCCAGAUAAACGGCAGGGUUUAAAAACUGAGAAAAAUUUGAAGUUUCUGCUCCAAAAAGUGUUGAAGCAAAGUGAUGUUGGGAGUCUUGGGAGGAUUGUGCUGCCUAAGAAAGAAGCUGAGAGUCACCUCCCGGAUCUGGAUUCAAGGGACGGAAUUUCAAUUGCUAUGGAGGAUAUAGGGACUUCUCAAGUGUGGAACAUGCGAUAUAGGUUUUGGCCUAACAACAAGAGCCGGAUGUACCUUCUCGAGAACACAGGAGAUUUCGUGAAAGCAAAUGGACUCCAAGAAGGCGAUUUCAUCGUGCUAUACUCUGAUAUCAAGUGUGGCAAAUACUUAAUCAGGGGAGUGAAGGUACGACAACCAGUCAGUGUGAAAUCCGAAGGCAAGAAGCCUUCUGUUAAACGAAGCUAUCGCAGUGCCUCCCAAUCCACCAGAAGCUGUGAUCCCUCAUCUCCUCCUAAAAUAACUGCGAUUUAA